AGCCGAACAGUGGAACGGUAUUUACAUCUUCACAGACCACUUUAAACAAACACAAGCCACACUGACAUCGUUUGAGCAGCCAAGGAGUCUAUUUUCAAACACAACAAAUAUCAACAGUCAUGGGCAAGAAUAGGACCACCAGUUCUAGUUUUCAUCCUCACUGUGAAAAAUGUCACAAUUGGAACUGCAAGUUUCCCAUAGAAAUCUCAACAUCUUGUAUUUUCAUUUCCUGCCGCUUAAACUGUGGAGCUGCCUUCCACCUUUGUACAGAGGAUGAGCAUCGUCUUCUAUGCCCUAAAGAAACAGUACCAUGCCUCAACUCUGGUUAUGGCUGUCCCAUGACUAUGACACGAAAAAGACUUGCCCAGCACCUAGAAGUGUGUCCUGCCAGUGUGGUUACAUGUACCUUGGAAUGGAACCGAUGGCCGGUAAAUGAGACUGAUACCACCUUCUAUAGGAAUGCUCUACAGGAUCCAAACUGGAUGAGUCAGCUAGACCUUGCAAUGGCCCUUAGAGAUCAGAAGCUUCUCUUUGAUUCAAUCCAGAUGAAGACACUGUUCCCUGAGUUGAUAGAGAAGGUAGAGGAGCCUGAGGUUUCACUGGACGGUGCUGUUGGAGGACUUGAUCCAGAGUGCUCAGAGUCUCAGAUCUUAAUCCCAGAAGAGUCGUUGGAGGAUAGCCUUAAUGGAGAAGAGAUCAAAGAACUAACCCAAGAGGAACGUCUCGCUUUGGCUGAGAGUAAAGAUGUAGCCUGCUUGGAGAACUACGGGAUAUGGGAGAGAAUGUUUGCGAAGGAGAAGCAAGGGUGCAAUCAGACAGUGAAGAAAUUAGAGGAUAAAAGUUGUCAGAUUAAAGACAAGAAUUCCCCUCAGAAUUCCGACAAUCUAGACAUUGAUAGGACAGGUUUAGCUCCUUGGCAAGAUGGUGUUCUUGACAGGCUCCGUAAAGAGGUCAACGUGGCUGAGUAUAAUAUGUAUCUGGUCCACAACGGAUGCAUGCUUAUCAACUUCGGCCAACUGGCAGCUUGCACGCCUAAAGAAAAAGAUUUUGUUUAUGGCAAUUUAGAGCCCAUUGAAGUUCAAACCAUACACUCCUUCAAUGUGCCCACCAGCUACAGAGCCAAACGUAGCCAUCUGAAGGAUCCAUCCCAAAUGAUUAAAAAGACACACCGAUCUGUGGACACAUCUGAUUUAGGCAUUGCAACUGAAGUGCUUCCAAAGGCAAAAGUGGUAGAAUCCACACUGCUGUGCUCUCUUGAAAGAGAAUAAAAAGGUCAUCAGAUUUGUGAGAGUAUUGGGAUCGACGGGCUAUAUGUUGACGUUGGCACCCAAACCUUUGACUUCCAUUCUGCUCCAUUCAAAAGUGAUGCAACUUUGGCCAAUGUUGUUGCAGAUCAGCCUCAAAGCCUACACGUGCAAAUUCAAACCGAAUGUGUGACUAGGAGGCACAACAAAUUAUGCUCAGCCUUUACUUACCUGUGCCAUCAUGCCUUCAGGCGUGAAGAAUAUCCCUGGCACUUUAGGAACGUGCAUGGAGACAUCCAAUCAUGCCUUACUGGCUGGUUUUUACAGCGGUGCCCACUGGCUUACCUCGGUUGCACCUUUAGCCAGAAGCAAUUUCGGCCAUCUAAAUAUCAUGCCAUUGUAAGCUAUGAUGCAGAUCUUAGUACUUUCAUCUUACAACCAGAAGUGACAGCAUCUCUUUACAAAGGAGUAAAAACCGUUAACAGUGAACGCAAACGUGCCAAGAAUUUGGAUUCCUUGAGCAGACUUCCUUUUGAAAUCUUGCAACACAUAGUGAGUUUUCUGGAUAGCAUGUCUUUGGGUCGUCUAUCUCAAGUUUCCCAGCUAAUGAGGGAAGUUUGCAGUACUGUUCUUCAGCAGAAGGGCAUGGUGUCACUCAAAUGGGAGAAAAAGACAUACUCUCAUGGUGGAUUCACUUGGAGGGCACGUAAAAAGGCAUGGGAGUUCAGCAGUCUGUUCUCUCCGGUGGAUAAAUGGGUUUUUGAAGACAUGCCCCCUAUGGCAGAACACCUGAAGGUUUGUCCUUUCUACCAAAAGGAGAUCAGAAGUGAACCUGUGGCGUUACCCAGUAUGACAGAUCUCCCGGAGAGAAGAGAGGAAUUCCAGACUCUAGUCAACAAUGUCUUUACAGCUGACAAGGCUAAUGGAGAUUAAGAGACUGCUUGUGGUACCACUGUUAUUAAAUAUGAAUUUAUGUUUUGGUCAGUUAACUUGUACUUUAAAGAUAUAGUUAAUUUGUCAUUAUUUACCCUAUAGCAGUCACUAGCAGGUUGCCUUUUUUGUGUUCCAUAGAGUCAUUUAGAAAAGUCUAACUCAAAGUCAGGACUGGAACAAAAUUACAGUGAGGAAAUGAUGACAUGUUUUUCUUUGAAAGAUCUUCGCUGACAUCUAGAGGCUGAAAAAUACACUCACAAAGGUUUCACAAUGGAUAAAUGCAUACGGAUUAAAGAGAAAAAAAGGGAUUCAUGUUCAAAUAUAUAUAUCUUUUAUCAAAUAUACUUAGAAAAUGAAUCAUAUGAUGACAUUAUUUAAGUAUCACAAAGCAUAGCCCUAAAACAAUCAAAUUCAGUAUACAUUAUUGUAAUUUUUUUAAUUAACCAGGCCAGAAUAAAUAUGUUGUUUAUUUUUUUGAAUACAUGUUACACUGACAAUGGAGCACUAUAUCAUUCGUAUUUUGACAAUUUCUGUCCACAAAAGUUAUAUAAAAGUGUAAGUGUAAACUUGGAUUUAACAUCUUUUCUAUGUAAAUUAAAACACUUUUGUAAAUUUAAUCUGAUUAAAAUGCAACAUGUCUUCAGUAUUUUUAUACUUCACUAAUAAAAAUGCUUGUUUUGGGGUUU